UGCAUUUACACACGCAUCUUCUGAUCCCUCCAGAAAAAGUAUGCAUAGGAAUGUGCUUUAGAACUUCGGCAGACGUUUGCGUUCGAUCUGCAGUUUUUAACUCUGGAAAGAACUCGAUUCGUGGAAUCUUUUAGAAAUAUAACUUUAGUUGUAUUUUAUUGGUUAGCAUUUUUUGUAACGUCUUGUAAGUAUGUCUGAUUACAAAUUAUAAAUAUAACGAUAAAUAAUUCAAAACAAGGAAAGUAAUGCUUCAUUUUUUUUUCUUGGCGAAUAACAAAUCUAUUAUGGAUUUUCUUCGCUGAGGAUGUUCUUUUAUUUUUGUGUUAAAAGUUAUGUUAUGCCAAUAUUGAGACUUUCUCAUAAAUAACAAAUUGAAAUUGUAUUAUUCAUGCUUUGAUGCUGAAAAACGGAUAACUUAAAUAUAAAUUAAGUGACUACAAAAAAAAAAAAAAAAAAUUGUGCAAUCUCUACGAGGAAGUUCUUCAAGUCAUGUAUACAAUCGAUUCUUAAAGAAACUUUUCCUUGUUUUGUGAAUUUGAAAAAUCGGCCUUUGUGGGAUCUACUUCUGAUAAAUAACACUAGUUACUUCAGUAAAAUUAUUAGAAAAACGCUUUAAGCUUUAGUGAUGAUAAUAAGAAAAAUGUGUAGUGGUUUGAGGUACUGGAAAGACAUUACUUGCCACUGCAUAUGAUUUUAGUUGUCAAUGUUGUUUUUUGAACCUUUAUUUGAAUCCCUUUUCGAAUACUGUCAAAAAGUUGUUUCGUGACAGUAUUCAUGUCGUUUGACUAUCAAGUCACAAAAAAAGAAUAAUAAUAAAAUAUAAAAAUUUCAAACUUUGUCAAGUCAACGGAACUAAUAACUGUUAAUUCUAUGCUUAAAAAAAUGAAGAAAUUUUUGGAUAAAAAUAUCACAGCUUGCGGUCACUAAAAAUUCGAAUUGAACUUUGAGCUGAUGAAUAAAGGAAAGAAUUAGUUGCUUGGGAUUAAGACCUUGUGUGUGAAUUCAGAAUUUCAUGGGUCAUUGAAAAUUUUUUUCAAAGAUAUUUGCGCUGAUUUAUGGACAAAGAAAGAAACCACAGCUUAACUUUACUUUCAUUGAGAAAUUGAACUAAUUGCUGUAGCUGUUGCAACUGACAUGAGAAAAAAAAAGAGCUGCUUUUAAGAAGGAGCAAAUUAGUGCCACGUUUUAGGUUUUAAUACUCAUCAGCGGUUGAAGCAAAGAGGACUAGUGUUGCUGACAACAGCAGGAUUCAUAGAGGUUAAAAAAAAAAAAAAAAUCAUCAAAUCAAGGAGUAACAAAAACGUCUUGGAUCCGUCUUUAAAUUUCAACUGUAGAGCAAGAAACCACAAACUCUUCUGUCAUCUACUAAUUUCACCAACUACACAUCAUCAUUGGGGGGAACGACGCAGCGGCAUCGCGAUCCUUGCUCCAGCUCUGCAGUAACCAUGACAACCGCUGACAUCAUGCAGGAUGAGGUGAUGCGGGACGAUGAAGUGAUGAUGGCCGAUGCCGAGAUUGUUUCAGAGGCCCAAGAUCCAACAGUGCAUUCCUGCAGGCUCCGCUGAACCAAAAAUUUCUUCGCUUCGCCGAGUACCCCCAUCUUCCAUCAGGAUGCCGCAGUCACUUCUGUUCCCGCUUCUAUCCCUCUGGCUCUGUCUCUGUUCUCGGCUAUGUCACGGCAUGGACGCCCUUCCAGAACACUGCGAAGAUGAGUUUUCGGAUCCGGAUUGUGGCUGGAGUUGGUCAGAAGGAUGGUCCUUAUUAUCAGCUGAAAAUACUUCCCUGCUUGGCCCAACUGCACCUUCAGCCGAUGCCCGCAACAAUUCAAAAGGUUUACUCUUGUACCACAGUCCUGGUGCUCCUGGGGCAGCUCGCGUUUCUAAGCUUGAAGUUCGAAGCGGGAUACUUCGGCCACCCAGUCUACCCGAUUGCAGCUUGCGUCUUGCCCUGCACAUGUACCAGAUGGAAAAUGCCAGAUUCCAGCUCUUGGUACAAACGGACAAUGAUAGAACAACGUGGGAAAGCGCACGCUUCUCUGGUGAUAGUGCUCACAAGUGGGAGUCUCAAUCUUAUCCCAUCGGUACAGUAAGCCAACCCCUCAGACUGGUUCUUGAAAUAACGUUUCAUCCACCUUUCGCCGAUCCAUCUCAUCUUGCUCUUGAUGAUCUAGCCAUCACUGAUUGCUACAGCAGGCGUCGACCAAGCGGGGAAUGUACAGGACGUCAAUUUCAGUGUCCAGAUGUUCCCCUGUGCAUGGAACCAUCGGAUAUUUGUGACAUAACGGCGGAUUGCAGAGGCGGAGAAGAUGAGAAGCAAGAUUGUGAUAAAUUGCUCCCAAGCGCUUCUUGUACAUUUGAGUAUGGAAUUUGCGGCUGGAAUAAUUCAAGAACUGGAGGAAGCCAAUGGAUCCUCGGACGAGGAGAGACUCCCAAUUUUCGUACUGGACCUUCUCACGACCACACAUAUCAAAAUGAAUCAGGAACCUACUUGAUGGCAAGCUUUGAACCCGGUCGUAACUUUGGAAGGAGUACUGUUUUCACCAGUCCGUGGUUUCCAGCUCCUCCCUCCUAUCACAGAAACAUACAUUCAGCAUAUUAUAACAGCUGUCAGGUAAGGUUCUACUAUCACAAAUACGGGCAGAACAUGGGUGAGCUGAGAGUGUACGGAAUUACCGGUCCAGACCAAGUUCAUGAACUAUGGCGGAGUUUCGGUAACAAAGGCGAUGCGUGGCGAAAAGCAACCGUGUCGGUGCAGCAGGAAAAUAGCGAGUAUCAGAUUAUGUUUUCAGCAGCUCGUGGUGUUGGUCACAGUGAUAUUGCUAUUGAUGACGUCACUUUAAGCCCAGAAUGUUUUGGAAUAGGUGUGCCUGAGAAUGAGAGUAAUGUUCCUGAAUUACCCACAAAAGCCUCUGUACCAGAACCUCAACAGUUUUAUGUUCAAAAAUAUGAGUUCAACCCUUGUGGUGCAACAGGAAGAUCAGGUCCUAGUGAUGCUCUCUGUCGGGUGUCUUACAAAAAUACAAGUUCUAGAGUUGUUGUACUAUCAGACCCUGGUUGGGAAGGCGUUCAGCGCUGGACUGUGCCACAUACAGGAUUAUAUACAAUAUUUGUGCGUGGAGCUGGUGGAGGAUCAGGCAUGCAACACCGAGGAUCGAGCAGGGGUGCUUCUUUGCGGGCCACUUUCGAGUGGAAAAAAGAUGAAAACAUUUACAUGCUAGUCGGACAGAAAGGAAUUGACCCCUGUGGGGAGUUGCGGCAAAUGUGCGAAGAUUCAUCUAUGCCUGAUAAUCGCAAAAAACGUAGCAUCAGCAAACUGUUCCAAAUGAACAAAGUUCGAAAUAAAGGAUCUGGCGGGGGAGGGGGUGGAGGGACCUAUUUGUUUAAGGUUGACCCCACUACUUAUCAACGUGUGCCUGUAGCAGUGGCUGGUGGUGGAGGAGGACUAUCAGCUAAGCUCCCUCCAGACCCCUCCUUCCCUAAUGUUCCUCCUCAUGGAUUGGCUCCAAACAGCUCGCUUCUUCCCAUCAACGGUUACACUGGACCUGGAGCAGGAGGUGGAGGAGGCUGGGAUGACCGCAGCCCUGAUGCAGCUACUGCUGGUCGAUCUCUCCUGGAGGGAAGCCUCGGCGGCGUGGUGUGCGAACAAGUGCACGUGUGGAAAACAGAUGGAGGUUUCGGAGGAGGCGGAGGAGCCUGUGGUUCUGGUGGAGGUGGAGGGGGCUACAGAGGAGGGGAUGCAUGGGACGAUUGGAAUGACACGCUCCACAACGGUCAAGGUGGCACGUCCUUCCUGACUCCAAUUGCUAUCCGGGCCAUCGUUCAGCCCGGAUCGAACCCGGGAGAUGGUUCUGUGGUGAUCAUACCUGCUCAGCCGGGAUGCGGCUGCGAGCAUCUUUGCGUCCAUCUUGAUCUCGAAGGGGGAAAACAUUAUUGCAUCUGUCCUCCACCUUCCACACUUGAUAUUGAUGGAUAUUCCUGUAGCGGUCACCCUGGGAUGAGUGUGUCACCAAAAGUGCUAGUGGUUAUCAUCAUGAGUGUCGUCGUAUUUUUGUCUCUACUGACCAUCUGUAUAUUCGUCGUUACAAACCGAUAUCGUAAGUUGCAUCGACGAAGCAGAGGCGGGCGUGACGUCAGUGACGAACCUCUGACGACCGACCCCGACGAACAGCUGCGCCGUCUGAGAGGCGCAGCUGCAGCAAACGCCAUGGUCUCCGAGAACAACCCCAACUACGAAUUUGGUGGGAAUACCUGCACCGAGCAAGACCUCAAGAAGGUGCCACGAGAGCAGCUUACCCUUGUCAAGGCACUUGGACAAGGUGCAUUUGGUGAGGUUUAUCAAGGUUUCUUAACAAACCCGAACGAAGAUACACAAAUGCCAGUUGCCGUCAAGACUUUGCCUGAACUUUCAUCCAGCCAAUCUAUCUUUGAUUUCCUAAUGGAAGCGCUCAUUAUGAGUAAAUUCAAACAUCCGAACAUCGUCAGCUUCAUCGGUGUCUGCUUCGAGAAAAUGCCGCGCUUCAUUGUGCUAGAGCUGCUGCCUGGCGGGGACCUUAAAUCUUUCCUCAGGGAGUGCAGACCUAAACCGAACAAACCUUCGACCCUGACGGUGACGGAUCUACUGCUGCUCUCUUUGGACGUGGCGAAAGGUUGUCAGUAUUUGGAAGCAAAUCAUUUUAUCCACAGAGAUAUCGCUGCGAGAAACUGUCUUUUGACGACUAAAGAGGCGAACAGAGUGGUUAAAAUUGCUGAUUUUGGAAUGGCACGCGACAUCUAUAGAGCUGACUACUACCGGAAAGGGGGAAAGGCCAUGCUGCCUGUUAAGUGGAUGCCCCCGGAAGCCUUCCUUGAUGGAAUAUUCACCUCCAAAACGGAUGUAUGGUCUUUUGGUGUAUUGCUGUGGGAAGUAAUAAGUUUGGGAUACAUGCCCUAUCCUGGAAGGUUUAAUCAAGAGGUUAUGCAGUUCGUUAUGUCAGGCGGAAGACUUGAACCUCCUACCAACUGUCCUGGGCCUAUAUACCACAUAAUGAUGCAAUGUUGGCAUCCGACGCCAGAUGAGCGGCCCAAUUUUUCAACAAUUAUUGAAAGAAUAGGAUACUGCUUACAGGACCCUGACGUGAUCAACGCCCCAUUGCCAAUAUUCUACAGAGAGCCAUCUAUGGAAAGAGAUGCAACGAUAAUGCGGCCUGUUGAAGAUGACGGAGUGCUAACGGUUCAGCGAGUGGAUCCAGGUCUCUUGCUGUCUCCCGGCUCGGAGGACUACCUGAUCCCGACAGGAUCCCGGUCAUCCUACAGCCUUACGACAACAGAUCCGGGAUUGUCCAGUCCGGGCAGCGCUGACCAGCUCAUGGAGCUGGAGGAGAGGGGAGGCACUCCGGGCUCCUCGAGGCCGCAAGUCUGGGAGACGCACUUCAUGAGCGGGCAGCCGCCCGCUCCGCCGACUCCGACGGAGCCGAAGCCGAACCGGAGGAGCGGCUCGCAUGCGCCGAUGACCAGGCAGGGCGGAUAUGCUGAGGUCCCGACUGACGAACCAGAGGAAGGCAAGCUCAAUGAAGAGAUCGAAAAUCUAAAGGUCAAACUGCCAGAUGAAACAUCAUCUAAAUCCUCUGCAUCCCGUCUGGACUCGAUCAAGUCCCUCGAUGAUUUGCCAGUGGGACCUUCCGUCGGAGACAAUGAAAACGAACAAACCCCUUCCUCCCGGAUCAACCGUUCUAAUCUGUCUCUAGACCCUGGCGCCUUGGUGCGACAGAUGAGCUCAGAACCCCAGACUUUGCCAAACCGGUACAUUAACGUUGAUGUUAACUGCAACACUGGAGAUGGAAGCACAGGAUCGCUAACAGCAAAUCAAAAUGCAGCUAGCUUCGACGGUUACGCGGGCGUGAACCCAGUCGCUUGA